CCAAACUGUACAUCAUCUGACCAACACUCAGCUGGCCCUCCACUAGUUUUUGACAACAACGACUCUGUCGACAAUGUUCACAUCUUGACCAAUCCCCCCAAACUGCCAUAACUUACUAUUAGACCGUUGCCUUUUUAUUUUUUGAAGUUAUACAUCAUGGAGCCGACUGCGCCCAAAAGCAAGCUGAAAAAGCUGAGUGAAGACAGUUUGACCAAACAACCAGAGGAAGUGUUUGAUGUUCUAGAGAAACUCGGUGAAGGUUCCUAUGGCAGUGUGUUCAAAGCCAUCCAUAAGGAGUCAGGCCAGGUGGUGGCCAUCAAGCAGGUUCCUGUGGAGUCUGAUCUGCAGGAGAUCAUCAAGGAGAUUUCCAUCAUGCAGCAGUGUGACAGCCCUUACGUAGUGAAGUACUAUGGCAGCUACUUCAAGAACACAGACCUGUGGAUUGUCAUGGAGUACUGUGGAGCCGGCUCCGUCUCUGACAUCAUCAGACUGCGCAACAAGACGUUGACAGAGGAUGAGAUUGCCACUAUCCUGAAGUCGACACUGAAGGGUCUUGAAUACCUUCACUUCAUGAGGAAGAUCCAUCGCGACAUCAAGGCAGGAAACAUCCUCCUCAACACAGAGGGACACGCCAAACUGGCAGACUUUGGAGUUGCUGGACAACUAACGGACACCAUGGCAAAGAGAAACACUGUGAUAGGCACUCCGUUCUGGAUGGCCCCAGAGGUGAUCCAGGAGAUCGGCUACAACUGUGUGGCUGACAUCUGGUCCCUGGGCAUCACAUCCAUAGAGAUGGCAGAGGGCAAACCUCCCUACGCUGACAUCCAUCCCAUGAGAGCCAUCUUCAUGAUCCCCACCAACCCUCCUCCAACAUUCAGGAAGCCGGAGCUUUGGUCAGACGACUUCACAGACUUUGUCAAGAAGUGUCUGGUCAAGAAUCCAGAGCAGAGAGCGACCGCCACACAGCUCCUACAGCACCCAUUUAUCAGCCAGGCCAAGCCGGUCACAAUCCUGAGAGACCUGAUAACUGAGGCCAUGGAGAUGAAAGCCAAGAGGCAGCAGGAGCAGCAGAGAGAGCUGGAGGAGGAGGACGACAACUCUGAGGAGGAGACGGAGGUGGACUCUCACACUAUGGUGAAGUCGGGCUCAGAGGGUGCAGGAACCAUGCGGGCCACCAGCACCAUGAGUGAUGGGGCGCAGACCAUGAUUGAACACGGCAGCACCAUGCUCGAGUCAGACCUGGGCACUAUGGUCAUCAACAGUGAUGAUGAUGAAGAGGAGGAGGAAGACCAGGGAUCUAUGAGGAGGCACGCCACCCCCCAGCAGCCGAUGCGUCCUUCCUUCAUGGACUAUUUUGACAAGCAGGACUCCAACAAGGCAGCCCAGCAGCAGGAGAACUACAACCACAACCAGCCGCAGGAGCAGCCCGGCUACCACAUCCAGUCCAAGAACGUCUUCCCUGACAACUGGAAGGUGCCUCAGGAUGGAGACUUUGACUUCGCUGUCACCCAGCUGAAGAACCUGGACUUUGAGGAGCUGCAGAUGCGCCUGAGUGCCUUGGAUCCCAUGAUGGAGCGGGAGAUUGAGGAGCUCAGGCAGCGCUACACCGCCAAAAGGCAGCCCAUCCUGGAUGCCAUGGACGCCAAGAAGAGACGACAACAGAACUUCUAAUUGCUCUUCCCUGUCGUCUUUUCCCUCUGGUCUCGGUUUCCCAAAGCCACCAUCACCACAACUUAUGUCCCAUUGAUUCAGAGGAACUAAGAUGUCUUUGCUGGAAGCCCACUGCUGUUCUGACUGACUGCUAAGUGGCGUCUAAAUGAAGUUAAAGGCUUCUUUUACUGGGUAACAUCCAUUUUGGCUCCUGGAAUCUACACUCGUCUGCCUUGUUUCUACACUAUAUCUAGAUGCUGUUCCUCCAUUUUACAUCUUGUAUUUGUUUCUACGGCUCCUGUAAAGUUGCUUUCCCGUGAAUGAUGCUUAGGACUGCGACCAAAGAGAGAAGUUUUGGCGAUUAUACGUCUUAAAAGUCACAAAAUGUCCCCUUUUCCAAAUGAAAUUACAUUUCAUGUCACCCUUGGGGAAUCACCAUCAACAAUUAAGGAGGCCUAUCCUCUGGCAGCGGCACCAGUAUAAUCACCAGGUCUAUGACAAGUGGUCUUUUUAUUUUCCUCAGACCUUUCAAUUUCAGUGUAAAUAUAAUAUAGAACCUAGUUUGGAAAUACCUGCAACAAAAAGCUGUGGAGGCUUGUCCAUGACCAAAGACAAUCGAGAUUAUGUUGAUUAAGUUGAGAAUGCCUUAAAAUAUUUGAAACCUGGUUUUCAGAAUAAGCAAUGUAAUAAAACAACCAAGUCGUCAGAUGGUUAAAUCCAUUUCCUCACUUGGAGAUGAGCUGGAAGUGGACUGUGGAAAGCUGCAAGAAUGGGCAGAAGUGACAAAAAUCAUGUGGAUGGUGAACGGAUUGUGCAUGUUUUCAGUUGUUGGCGGAUCAGAAAAUUCUCAACUUAUUUCGUCUUAAUCAUUUAUUUAACAAUUUUGUUGUUUUCGAGUAUGAUGCGCUUCUUUAGACAUCCAGUGCUCUGUCUUUAUUGACAGACUCCAUGCAUCCUAGUGCCUCACAACACACCUGUCCCAGUUCUACGUCGAGUUAGCACCAAAAUUCAUUCCUGAGUUAGACAAAAUAUAUAUACGAUUUCCAUACAAGCAAAAGCAUUCCAAAAUACUGUGCGACUUUUAAUGUCUGCGGAGUCUUAAAAAACCCUGUAGACUUAUUUUAAGGUUCUAAUAAUUAUGUUUUCUGUAAUUGUUCCACACUAUGAUUGAUUGAUUAACUUCAGAUUACAGCAUAACUGUCAAAAACAUUUAAACCAGAUGUGGAGCAAUCUUAUAUGUAAAGCAGGGAAGAAGACGAUAGCAGUUAAGUGCUCAGUGAAGAAGACCAAAUAGCACAACUAGUCAUAUAAACAGUUUUAUGGCUGUAGUCCAAGAAAAAAAAACACAUCAUGCUGAGAUAAAAGACUCAAGUGACUCACUGAUACUGUAUACUUAAGAAAAACAGAGCCGUGGCAUCAGCCGCACAUCUAAUGUCUGAAUUUCAGACUUAAUUUUUGUAAUUGCAUUAAGAUUUUUUUAAGCAAACUUCCCUGCAGCUCAUAUCUAAUGUUUCAGCAAUUAUGCGUGAGAAUGUGCUGGUUUUUGACAGUUUUCUGAAAUGUAGGUGUGAUGUUAUUAAUGAAGGAAUGAAGAUAUACGGUCAGUUCAUGCUGUGAGUUUUUAAUAGCUAAAAAUUGUAUUUACACAAAACUGUUCAGUGCAGUGAUCGAUUGUGUGGUUCCUUAAACAGAUUUAAGGAACCUUAUCAGAAAUGGUUGUUAAUGUUUCACAUUUAUCCUAAAAAUAUAAAUAUUGGCUGUUAUCAGAUUCUUAGCUCUCAAAUAUUGAUAUGUGUCGGCCUCAAAAAUCCAAUUUCACAAUUUUGAAUGUUUAAUUGAAAACUCACUAACACACAUAUUUGGUCUCUUCAUGAAGGAAACAAACUGCUCUGUCUGGUUGUUGUUUAGUUAUGACAUAUUGAUUUUACACACGUGCUAAUAAUGACCAUUUGAAUAAAUCUUUAAAUACAUGUGCAACAUGUCUGCAGGUUGCUGUUACAUAUGAAUGUUAAUGUGCAGUCUUGAUGGUGUGGUUCAGCCCAUACUUACUGCAUGUUAGUCAGUCAUUUUAAUAAUACUGUAAUUACCUGAAUCCAAAUUUAAAUCAGUACGAUCUUUUGAAGGAUCAUGUUUGUUUGUGGUUUUUUGUUUGUCUUUAUUUUUUCUGCAUGCAGGUGAACCUGUUCUGUCACAGAAAACAUUCUUGCCAUGAAUUGUUUUCAUAAAUGAAGUCUGCAGUGCAUUGGCAUCUUACACACAAGCAUUCACACUUUAUUUAUUAAAUGUGUUUAAAACGUUUCCUUUUGAUGACACUGGUUUAAAUAUGGUAGCUCAUUUGGCUGUUAAUAUUUUUGCCCUUUGUCAAAUAUAUGUGGCUUGAUUUCAGCGUGUUUUAGACUAUGCAUGUUAAUAAUUAUGUUUGCUAUUUAGUGGAAUGCUAUUGUAUUAGCUGCACAGAACUGUUAAUAUGUGAGCUGGAUUUUCAGCUUUAACAAAAUCAAUUUGCUCUGUACAAUUUUAAAAAGCCCUGUUUGAAAUAUGACAUUGUGGAGAAUCUGCCAUAAUAUGUACAGUUAUCUAAAAUAUGAAUCUGACCUUUUGAUAUAUAGCUAUAUGAUUUUGUUGUCAUUUAUUUCACUGUUAUAUCCGCUAUAUCAUGACUUGAGGGUGUAGAGUGAAAUGUAAGCAUUUAUGUUUGAACCACUUAAUUUAUUAUCUUUGGUUUGUAAUACUUUAUAAAGGUUUGAAAAGGUGCAAGAAAUAAUAAAACUGACUUAUAGUUAACCGUAA